AUGGACACAAAGGCCAAUGAGUUUUCAGAUGAAACCACAUGUAAGGAAAAGGCAACACUUGGGAGCUAUAUUAGUGAUGUUGAACUGUUAUCUCCUUCAUCAAGUUGUGGAUGCAACGGUGGACAGCACGCAAGCAGUGAGAUGAGUAACGUUUUUAGAGCAUGUUCGAGUCGUGAUUCAUUCUCUGAAAACAUAGAAAGUAAAGCUGCUUUAAGGUCUAUGGACGUUUCAAAAAACAUUGAGAUGCUUGUAAACCACAAAUAUGGUUUUCCUAAACCACAAAUAGUUUAUCCUCAUACAUACUCAAAUCAUCUACAGAAGCAAAAAGAAUUAGAGGGCCUUGGGGAUAACAUAUCGUGCAUCAGUAGAUCAGACGACACAAAAACUAGUGCUAGUGACAUGCAGAAUUUAUCAUGUACUUCAGCUGUAAUUGAUGGUUCUCCUACAGAUAGAAAGGCUAUAAAUGAUCAAUUUUCUUUUUAUUAUCGGGGUAGUAGUCAUUUUGACAAAGUGACCACUAAUCAUCCUUGGAGGCCAAACAGAGAAUCUUCACAGGGAGAGCCUUCUAAUUGCUCUGAGGAACAGGCGGAAUCAUCAUUAACAAAAUUGACAACAUUCAGGGUUGGUGGUCAAUUGCAGGAUGUGAAUAUCCAUGCUGGAUCUGUGAAAGAUGAUACUGAAAUGAAUUGUGGAAACCUAGUAAUUAAAGCUGGAUCGUGUUCAGAUCAAAAGGUCGAGGUUGGGAAUUCUAGCGAGUUGGUUAGGGAACCCCAUAAAUGGAAGCAUCCUUCGCAAUCCCAGCUUGCUGGCUAUAAUGAUAAAUCAAUUACAUUGGAGUAUGAAAUGAGAGUUUGUGAUAUCUGUGGAGAUGCAGGACGUGAGGAGUUGCUUGCUAUUUGUAGCAAAUGCAGUGAUGUGGCAGAGCACAUCUAUUGCAUGUGUGUUGUGCUGGAUAAAGUUCCUGAAGGCAAUUGGUUGUGCGAAGAGUGCAUGCUUGAGGAGAGAAUUGAAAAAGGAGAUCAACAUAAAGAUCAAAAAGCAGCUAGAACAUCAAAAGCAUCAUUCAUGCAUAAAAGUAUGGAAAGCUCUGGAAAUUCUAGCACUUUAAGAUGUAAGGAUGGUUUAAAAUUGAAUGUAGAAAAAUCAGGUGUCAAGGAAAACCAAACAGAGAAAGUAAAUUCUUCUUCUCUCUUCUCUGCUAAGAAACCUGCAAGCAAUAUAGAAGCUGUAACGGCGACAAAAAGGACUCUUGAAACAAAUGUGAAAUUAUCUGGGGCAUCAAGAACCUUCAGACGAGGUCCACUUCGUGGUGACUCUUCAUUUAAGAACUCGGGUAAGUCGAAAAUGAAGCCAGACCAUCAAGUUAAUUCUUUAGAUAACCAAUCUUCAAAUUAUAUUCCUGAAAAUAACAAAGUUCUCUUUUUUAAGUCAAAAUCGUUCGACAUUAUGGACUCAAAAAGUGAAAGCUCAAAUGCUACUGAUGCGAAGGUUAAACCACUAGCUUCCCAUUUUUCUCUUGUUGAGGAUUUGAAGAACUUAAACCAUGCAAAAUGGAACUCAACUCAAGGGAAGUAUACAUCUGUGUUACAAUCUAAAGUUAGUUCACCAGUUGCUAAUUCUGGUGUUUCUGCAUCAAUGAGUGGAAAUGAAAUUGUAUCGCGUGGUGAAACCUUUUCAUCAGGAUCCAAAUAUCAUUAUAUUGAGGUAGUUGAGGGUCAUGAACAAUCAAACAAUUCAUUGAAUGCAUUUAGUCAUCUUGCUAAAAAAGGCUUAAAAAACGAAUUUGAUGAUGUGAGCCGGCAUAUUGAGCAUUCCACAGAAGCAGCAUGUUCAAUAAAAACGAAUAAUUCAAAUACCACAUUUCCUUCCAAUGAAAGGCCUUAUUUGAGAAACUUUACCUCAUUUACAACAGUCAUUCCUUCUCAAGUUUCUGCUGUUCCCCAGAGUCAUUGCAUCUGGCAGUAUGGUCUUUUGCUCUUUUCUGAAAGUUCAUUGCUGUGUAGAAGUGAAAAACUUCCAAGUUCUUGUUAUGGGCUGCAAGCACACUUAUCAACUAAUGCUUCACCUAAAGUUCUUGAAGUAGUUCUCAAGCUUCCUCAAAAAAUUAUAUUGGAGGAAGUACCUCGCUUAAGUGCUUGGCCAACUCAGUUCUCUCAAAAUCAUGCCACAGAAGAUAAUAUUGCACUCUACUUUUUUGCAAAAGACUUAGAAAGCUAUGGAAGAAACUACAAGAGAUUGCUUAAAUGCAUGAUUAAGAAUGACAUGGCUCUCAAAGGAAAUUUGGACGGAGUUGAUCUAUUAAUUUUCUCAUCUAAUUAUCUUCCUGAAAAUUCUUAG